CUGCAAAUAAAGAAAACCAUUGUUCAUUUCUUACAGACUUUUAUUACAGGUAUGUGAUCUAUUAUCAAAAAUGCUCGAGACGUUUGGUUUUCCCCAAAAGGGUUUUUUUAUGGAAUUUGCAUUAUGGACCCAAUAGGAUUGUUUUGCCACCAAUUUGUGCAUAUAUACAUUACUCUCAAGUACAAAACACUUUUUAAUUAUGGCAGUGAAAAAGAAAAUCAUUUUAAAAAUUUUAAAUGCACUCUUUGGGGAUGGCUUCUCUUUUCUGUAAUUUGGAACUUUCUGGAAAUUGGGUUUCCUGAUAUCUGUAUUUUAGUUGCUUCAUGCAGUUCAAAAAAGAGACAUUUUAGCAGUGGGAACACAUUGAGAAAUGUAAUGGAAAAAAAGGCACUUUUCAGACCCUACAAAUAUUCCUUCAGCUACAUAUUUACAUGUGAUAGUUUUCGAGUAUAACAGACAUGAGCCAGAGCAGCCACUGUUUAAUAGCUGUACAGUAAUGGUUGCCCAGCAGUGUUAGUGGAAUGUUUUGCUACUGAAUCACUGAAACAAGAAUGACAAGCUGAGCUUUACACAUCAUCUCUAUGACUACCAUACAACAAGCUAGGCAUUUUACCUAACUCGCUUGCUUAGCUGCCCAGCCCAUCUGCCAAAUGAUUGGUUGAAUACAUCAGAAGAGACUGUUCACUGGCAUCUUGCAAUGCCAUUCACAUAACAUGCUUAGCAGGCUCGGUUGCAUGCACAUAACUAAUCCGUAUAGAGACUCAAUGUUUUGCUUUGCUUUGAUUCAGUUCUUUAUAGUGCUGUCCUAGCCUUUCCACAGUUUAAACAUAGAGCUGGCAUUUGUAGAUCUUAUAUAUUCAAUGAAGAUUGCUAAACCGUAGAAUAUCUUACUGCGGAUACUUUAACAUGUUGCUGGGCAAGAGGUUUACCAAGGAUAUUGGCUCAAUGUUGCCUUCGGUGGAAGAGGCCAAGGAUGCAGAAGAGGAAGAGAACAUGCAGCCAUGCCUAGGUGGGAUCCCUAGCAGGCCUCCUAGCAGACCUCUGGCUCGCCUGAGCAGGGGAGGCGUGGAGAAUAAAAUUGUACCACGAUCUGCUAAAUUAAGACCCGAGCAUGACAGCGACGAACAUCAGAAUGCAGCUGAAUCUUAUGAACUAGAAGCAUCAGAGGAAAAGGCUCCAGAUAAAGAUAUUGAAAAUCAUAUUGAUGAAGCAGAAGAAAAAGAAGAAAACUGGGACAUUGAGUUAGAAGUAGAAGAUAUCAAGGAACAAUAUGAUCCCACUGGAAAGGCCAAAUACUUGUCAGCAUGCCAGUUCUAUGGGGUUAUACCAGUUUCUUAUUUUUUACGUCACCUGCAAGAUCCAGAGCUUGUUAUGAGACACCAUGGGCUAGGUCCACAGGCUACUAAAGCACUGGCUGUUACACUGGUCACCAAUACCAAGAUAAUAACAUUAGAUCUCAGUGAUAACUCGCUUGGAGGCGAAGGUGCUACAGCAAUUGCAGAGAUGCUGAAGGAAAAUUGCUAUAUUUCAGAGAUUCACUUGGCUGAUAACAAACUUGGCAUAAAAGGUGCCAAAGCCCUAUUACUUAUGCUUGUUGAGAAUACAACCUUGCAAAAACUGAACCUUUCAGGAAAUGAAUUUUCUGACGAAGCUGCUCAAUAUAUUUCGGAAGCCUUCAUGAGCAACCAAAAGGUGGAGUCCAUGGACCUUAGCCAUAAUAUGUUUGGAGAUGGUUCAGGUGAGACUCUUGGUACUGCAAUAGCAGAAAACACGGGAAUGUUGGAGCUUAAUCUCAGCUGGAACAACUUUCGUGGAAAGGGAGCUGCCGCUAUAUCUAGAGGCAUAGGGGCUAACAUAUUUCUGAAAGUGAUUGAUCUCUCAUACAACGGAUUUGGCAAUGAUGGAGCUGCAGCACUAGGAGAAGCUCUAAAGGUUAACAAUGUGCUUGAAGACCUUAAUAUAAGCAACAAUCGAAUUUCUAUACAAGGUGCCACAAAUUUCGCCAUUUGUCUUAAGGCAAACAAGACUUUGAGGAUACUGAAAAUGUCUAGGAAUCCAAUGCAGAGUGAAGGUUGCUUUGGUAUUCUUAAGGCAAUCCAGGCCAACUCAGAGACUGCCGUGGAGUCACUGGAUUUCUCUGAUAUUUUAGUGAACAAAGAAUUUGAUGACUUGUACAACACCUUGAAAACAGCUUUACCAAAUCUGUCUGUAAAGCAUGGGGGAAAUCCUGACAUGUUCAAAAAGCAGGUACCAAAGCUUGAUCCAAUGAAAAAAGUUAUUCAAUAUAUUAAGGAACAUAACCUUCAGAUGGAUGCAUUAGCAAACGUGCUGGAAGAAGAGAAGAGUUCACCCAUGACCUAUGAAGAGUUUCAGAAGCAUCUAACAGAUGCUGGAAUUGUUUUGCCACAAGACGACCUGAAGCAGCUCAUUGACUUUCUAGACAAUGACAAGAGCAAUAUGAUUGAUUUCAGCUCUCCAGUUUGGAAGUCAGAAUGGAUGAUGAGUAGAAGAGGAACUUUACAGAUAAAUGAAAGAUAAAACAACAUAAAAAUACAGUUGACUCCUUACAAAUUAAAUGUCAUUUCGUUGCUGGAGUUGGUGACACCAACAUCCAGGCAAAGUGCAAGCUUAAAAGACAAACAAUGUACUGAAAGCGCAUACGUCGGAUUCUUCUUUGGAUGGAGACGCUAUGCGAAAGAACUGUGUAAAAUUGUUUCCUUUAUUGAUCAAACUAGAUUAAAAUCACAAAGUCCAGAUGAACAGGGCAGGGGAGUGCAUGGCUCAACGCGUUUCGUGACUACAAGGUCACUUCAUCAGAAGGCUUCUGAUAGCGUCUCCAUCCAAAGAAGAAUCCGACGUAUGCGGUGUUUGUCUUAUCUACUGUACGUGACCAGAGUGGAACGUUGGGAUUUUGGAUAGAGCGCUCACCCAGUCCCACCUACGGACACCGUCUGUGUACAAUUUCAAGUUUUUUGCAAGCUUAAAAGAGACAGAAAAGAAAAUAACGUAAAAUGAAAUGAAAAAGCUGCUAAGAUCAGACUUAAGAUGGCCAUAGACUCA